CAGGAUCUUUCAUUCCAGCUAUCUACGAGCCUUCCUGCGAAGCAUACAAACACCUAGGCCAGACGUCAAACUACUACUGGAUAGAUCCUGAUGGCAGCGGACCUCUGGGGCCUCUGAAAGUUUACUGCAACAUGACAGAGGACAAAGUGUGGACCAUAGUGUCUCACGAUUUGCACAUGCAGACGACAGUGGUGGGCUACAACCCAGAAAAAUACUCAGUGACACAGCUCAUUUACAGUGCCUCCAUGGACCAGAUCAGCGCCAUCACCAGCAGCGCCGAGUAUUGUGAGCAGUACGUCUCCUAUUUCUGCAAGAUGUCGAGGUUGUUGAACACCCCAGAUGGAAGUCCUUACACAUGGUGGGUUGGCAAAGCCAACGAGAAGCACUACUACUGGGGAGGCUCCGCGCCUGGGAUUCAGAAAUGCGCCUGCGGCAUCGAGCGGAACUGCACUGACCCCAAGUACUACUGUAAUUGUGACGCGGAUUACAAGCAGUGGAGGAAGGACGCUGGCUUCCUAACCUACAAGGAUCACCUGCCGGUAAGCCAGGUGGUGGUUGGAGAUACCGACCGGCAAGGUUCAGAAGCCAAACUGAGCGUGGGUCCCCUGCGCUGCCAAGGAGACAGGAAUUAUUGGAAUGCUGCCUCUUUCCCAAACCCAUCAUCCUACCUGCACUUCUCUACUUUCCAAGGGGAAACCAGUGCUGAUAUUUCCUUCUACUUCAAAACAUUAAUCCCUCGGGGAGUGUUCCUGGAAAAUCUGGGAAACACAGAUUUCAUCAAACUCGAGCUGAAAUCUGCCACAGAAGUGUCCUUUUCAUUUGAUGUCGGAAAUGGGCCAGUGGAGAUUGUGGUGAGGUCACCCUCCCCUCUCAAUGACGACCAGUGGCACCGGGUCACCGCAGAAAGGAAUGUCAAGCAGGCCAGCCUACAGGUGGACCGGCUGCCACAGCAGAUCCGCAAAGCCCCAACAGAAGGUCACACCCGCCUGGAACUCUACAGCCAGCUGUUUGUUGGUGGUGCCGGAGGCCAGCAGGGCUUCCUGGGCUGCAUCCGCUCCCUGAGGAUGAAUGGAGUGACACUGGACCUGGAGGAAAGAGCAAAGGUCACAUCCGGGUUCAAAUCCGGAUGCUCAGGCCACUGCACCAGCUAUGGGACCAACUGUGAGAAUGGAGGCAAAUGCAUAGAGAAAUACCAUGGUUAUUCCUGUGAUUGCUCCAAUACGGCAUAUGACGGAACUUUUUGCAACAAAGAUGUUGGUGCAUAUUUCGAAGAGGGCAUGUGGCUACGGUAUAACUUCCAGGCAUCCGGGAUCAGUGCCAAAGAAUCGGGCAGCAGAUCGGAGAACUCCCCUGAUCAGCAGAACUCCCCCCAAGACCUGGCCCACGAGGAGAUCCGUUUCAGCUUCAGUACCACCAAGGCGCCUUGCAUUCUCCUCUAUGUCAGUUCUCUCACCACCGACUUCUUGGCAGUUCUCGUCAAACCCACCGGAAACUUACAGAUUCGGUACAACCUGGGUGGCACCAGAGAGCCCUACAAUAUUGAUGUAGACCACAGGAACAUGGCCAAUGGACAACCCCACAGUGUUAACAUCACCCGUCAUGAGAAGACCAUAAUUCUCAAGCUUGACCAUUAUCCUUCUGUGAGUUACCAUCUGCCAAGUUCAUCUGACACGCUGUUCAAUUCUCCCAAGUCGCUCUUUCUGGGAAAAGUUAUAGAAACAGGGAAGAUUGACCAAGAGAUUCACAAAUACAACACCCCAGGAUUCACUGGGUGCCUCUCCAGAGUGCAGUUCAACCAGAUCGCCCCUCUCAAGGCGGCCUUGAGGCCAACGAACGCCUCGGCUCACGUGCACAUCCAGGGCGAGCUGGUGGAGUCCAACUGCGGGGCCUCCCCGCUCACCCUCUCGCCCAUGUCGUCCGCCACCGACCCCUGGCACCUAGACCACUUGGAUUCAGCCAGUGCUGAUUUUCCAUAUAAUCCAGGACAAGGCCAAGCUAUAAGAAAUGGAGUCAACAGAAACUCCGCCAUCAUCGGAGGGGUCAUUGCUGUGGUGAUCUUCACCAUCCUCUGCACCUUGGUCUUCCUCAUUCGGUAUAUGUUCCGUCACAAGGGCACCUACCACACCAAUGAAGCCAAGGGAGCAGAGUCAGCAGAGAGCGCAGAUGCUGCCAUCAUGAACAACGACCCCAAUUUCACAGAGACCAUUGAUGAAAGCAAAAAGGAAUGGCUCAUUUGAGGGGUGUCCAUUUGGCUGUGGGAUAGGGAGGGGGAAAUUAUUAGGGAGGAGGGAAAAAGGACAACACCCUGCUUCAUACUCUUGAGCACAUCCUUAAAAUAUCAGCACAAGUUGGGAGAGGCAAGCAACAGAAAAUUCUUGCGACUGAUCACCACAAAAAGUACUUUUUAAUAUUUCUUUAUAGCUGAGUUUCCCCUUCUGUAUGAAAACAAAAUAAUACAAAAAAUGCUUUUAGAGUUUAAGCAAUGGUUGAAAUUUGUAGGUAAUAUCUGUCUUAUUUUGUGUGUGUAUAGAGGUGUUCUAAAAACCCAUGGUAACAGGGCAAGUUUUCUACAUUUUGAAGAGCCCUUAGAAUGUGGAUAUUUUUUCUUGAGAAAAGCUGAUGCACAUACAUAUGGUCUCCAGCAUUCUCUUCCUUUUACAUAUAGUCAACUUUUAACGGGCUAUUGUAGUAACUAGUUUGUGUUCAUAGAAUAUUUCCUUUGGUGUCCUGUAAAUUGGAAAAGGAAAGAAAGGGGCAAAGAGAAUCUGUUUUUUGCCAGUUUUCAAAGAGACCUCAGUUUAUGCCACUUCUCUGAGAGAUUCCCCCCUGAAGCAGUUGAAGGAAGAUAAUACGUGGCACCCGUCAUAUAGUGAGGUAAUCAACACAACAGAAAGAAGCAUUAGGAACCGGGGGAAGUAGUUUCAUAUUGGGAUUGUUGGUUUUAUUUUUCAUCGAAUUCUACAAGACAAUAUUGAUCCACGUACGUAGUCUUAGACCUGUUCAAUAUCUGUAACUAUCAGCUAUCAUACCGUGGUGCCCAGCUGUUACAAAAGAUUCUUCCUCUGCUUUACCUGCAACGUACUGGGCUACGUUAUAUGUGUGAGUAAGUACGUCAGUGGGGAAUUAGAGCCAGAGGUUAUGAUUUGUUCUGUUUCUCUUAUAGUUGUAGCAAGAGUAUGGACACUUUCUAGUGAAUGCAUAAAUUAGGUUGUUCUUCUUAUUUUGCCUUAAAUCUCUAGUUUUUAAGCCCCUGUGACAAAAUCCUAGCAGGCAAUGUCCUUGAAUGGACACACCACAAUAAAAUCAAGUUAUGAUUUCUAUUACCAUUUCUGUUACUCGGGGAUCAUACGGAAAACACUGCCAUGUUUUGUCAUCUACUCCAUGUGUUUUUCCAUCCUAAACAGACACACGUCCCUGAUUCAGGAUCUUCUUUGGCAGAUACAGUUGAACUUCAGAUGCGUCACAAACCUGGUACCUGAUUGUUACUUCUCAGAGAAUUGACAUGUCUAAUCAAUCACACCUCAGUUUAAUCAGGAACCGUGACCAACCUGUUCCAACAAAUAACUCAUUGAUUUCAUUAAAAAAUAAUAGACUUUGUAUAAACAAAUGAGGACAAAGCUCCCAUUGGAGGAUCCAAAACAUAAUUUCACUUACUUAUUUUUAAAAAGAUUAGACAAGAGUUAUUUCUAGAAUGACCUCCACUUCUGAUCCUUAUAGUUCAGGCUCUUAUACUUAAUAAGCAUUUUUUUAAAAAAUUUUAGACUCCAACAAUUGAAGAAUUAAAUAUGAUCACUCUUUUCCUUCUCAUCCCAGAAGGAGUUAAGAUAAGGUUAAAAAGGUGUUGAUGCAGUUUUCUGAAGGCCUGCCUCAAUAAAAUGGAAAUACUAGUUUGUUUGGGUUAUAUAUACAUACUUUUCAAGAUACUUGGUAUGCCUAACCUAUGGGAGGAUCUCAAUUCCUUGAAUAAUGAAAAAUAUCAUCCAGAACUGCCAAUGGCACGUUGCACCAGGACACGACACAUUCCAAGGGAGGCAUUGGACCAGUUAAUUCCAAGUCAAGGUAACAGAACAAAAGGGAAUCCUAAUGCCCCUUUUCAGUUGCUGACCUCAGGCGCUAUCCUGAACACCCUCGGUUUAGAAAGGUCUUGAUCAUUCUUCCAUAAAAUACAUUUUAAAUGAAAAGUAUUUAAUGUGACUAAAUAUCAAAACAGUGUAGGAUUUACAAAUGACAUAUUGAAAACAAAGCCUAUGUAUUUGACCAAGAUGACUACCAUUAAGGAUUCUUUUAUGUAUUGUCAGAUUGAAAAGGCAAAUUUUAGACGUAUGUCUUCGAAAUGUUUCUGAUUUUUUAAAACCUGUUUUACAGGUAUUACUUUUGCAUUUAACAAAUAAUGCCAGAUGGAAACAUUAUUUCUUGCAUCUCUCGUGAUUUAUUCUGGAGGCAUUGUCUUAGCACUUUGCCUUUCUUCCCAAAAUGCUUAGGGAAUUAAACUAAUCAGACACAGCCCCUGAGACUAGAAUGUUCUCACCCUUUUCCUUCUCUCUUCUUUCCUCUUUUGUGCCACAAAAGGUGAAAAAUAAAACCCAACACUUCUCCCACCAAAUUUUCAAACCUCGGGCUCCGGAUAGGCUACAGGAACCAGUGGGUCUCCCAUCUCACCAUCAUUUAAGACCCACAGAGGUGUGAUACAGGCUCUGCCUUCAGGGGUUAUGGUCCAGCAGACAGGACACAAACAGGUGGAUAAGGUAUUAAGUAAGUAAGUGCCAAAUGACUGCUGGAAAUCUUGGCCUCUCUUAGGGGUUGUGGUCUUCACAAAAACUCCUAAAUCUAUUUAUGAAGGCCAUAUCCAGUAUAUUCUAAAUGAUGAGUUAUCUGUUUAUGUGAAGAAAAGGAGGCAGCUCUUUUCUCCAGCUCCCUCCCUUGAAAGCUUAGGACAAUGCAGCCUAGAUAGCCACGACUUUCUGACCCCAGCUCAGUGCCUGAUCUUGCUUUGUCAGUCAUAUCCUGCAAAAUCUUGCCGUCUUAUAUCCCAAUACGGUAUCAGUGGAGCACAAAUAGGCUAGUGGUAGCCUCUUUAAAUAAUAAGAAUAGACACAACAAAAAACAAAGAAAAAGUGUUUUAAGUAAGAGGCUUUUUUAAAGGGAAAGCUGUUGGCUGAUUUAGGGUUGCUUUACAGGAAGCAUGCUCUGUAUAAAGCAAGCCUCUAUGUUUUGAGAAGCUUGGGAGGUGGGGGGACUUUGAAUGAAUGCAAAAUCAGUGCCAUUGUUAGCUCUCAACAUAUUCACUUGAGCUCGAGGAAGCUAACUCAGGAGGUAGGAAGUUAGAGUGUUGUUAAGUUCUUCUCUGGCCCUUGUUCCAUAUAUAAGACUAUAUUUGCCCUUGUAGCUCUCACCCAACUGCUCAAAGAAAGAGACUUGUUUUAUGGAAGUUUUUAUUAAAGAGCUGAGAACAAGAGUUUGGAGUGCCUUAGAUGGAAAAUUUCCUGUUGCACUGCAUUUGAUAGACAAGUAUCCUUUCCUAACGGGAGCAGGAAUUCAGAGGCACAGGAAAAAGAAUUGGCAUGAGCCAAAGAGUAGAUCUUAACCUUGCUGUUGAACAUCUGUUGAGCAGGCACCAGAUGCCGGCUGAGAGCUGGGCGCAAAGACGCAAGCACUUAAGGAGAAAGCAUGCAGCUGCCGGCUAGGAACAUGUAGUAUCAGUGCGGUGCCAAGAAGAAACUUGUAGGAGGAUCUGUCUUUGCUGUCUUUCCACUUGUUCUUUUUCUCCCUCUCCUUUCUCUUAGGGUGUGAACAUUUUAAUGGUCCCUUCACAUCUUGCUUCCAAACGAUUAGCACCUGAUUGGAACCUCUUAAUAUUUUUUUCCUUUUCACCAUCCUGUCAAGCAGCUUUCCAAAAGAAAGGCAGCAAUCGUCAAAUUGAAUUCCAGUCUGCCAAAUAUAGGUCCUAAAUUGCUAGGCCGGAUAGAACCACCUGAUCCUGAAGUAGGUGGGCCACAGGAACAGCAGGCCCAGCUGAUUUGAGCUAAAAACCAGUGGGCGCCAUUUUGUAAAUGACAUUUUGGUGAGAGUGGACCCUGAGAGUCUGCUGAGAGUCCUAACCCUUUCCGUCCCUCUGACUUGCUGUGUGAACUUGGUCAAGUCCUAAACCUCCAUUCCUCUUCACCCCAUAUUUAGGAUAGAGCUGUUUUACCUGCUUCCCAAGAUGACUGUGAGGUGCUGUUGAUUCUUGACUGCAGAACACUUUGAAUCCCAAAUAUAAAGGCCAAAGGCGACGGAGCCUAUUGGAAGACUUACUUUCAGGCUGUGGUUGUAAGUCACGUCAAAGAAACCACAUGGCCAUGUCCAGAAACACGGAGACUUAAGGGGCAUUGCUGUACAACUACUAAAUUGUUAAUCAGGUAGAUUGCCAGGGGCCUGACCUGUCAACAUUAGGAGAUGCAAUAGCCAAAGGCCAGAGAAAUUAGAACUUCAUGUGCGUAAAGCCCUAAAUUCCCACCUGGCCGUGACUUAUGGUUCAUACGUGCCCCCAAUGUGAUUAACUGGCUGAUAAAUAAGACAACACGGAAACCAAAUGUGACAUUUUCACGUAGCCUGGUGGCUCUGUGCCUACACUACAUAUACCCUGCAUGACAAUGUUGGAAACUUUAAAGAUUUCUUUCACAGCAGUAUUUUUUGGAUAUGAGUGGUAUAUAAAACUCAUCAUCAAUGAAAUAGAAAAACCGUGUUGAAAAGUUGGUUCUCUCCCAUGGAGCAGGGACUGGCAGAAGGUAGUUAGGAUACAUGGGCACAUGGGUGUUAAUAUCCAGCAUGCAUUUACGAGUUUAUUUUCCAGAUGAAAAUGUGCUUUAAGAGCAGUUCUGCGUAGAUGGUCUGCACCAUUUCCAAGUCUCGGGGUUUUUUUUACAGCAACUGCUAGAUCCUGAGAUGGCUAUGAAAAUGUGGAGAUUCCUCUCCAGUAGGCCAAGAAACAGUUCUAAAUGUUCCUGAUUCUAAGUUUUGUUUUGUCAAGUUUUUAAAUUUUUCCGGUGAGCACGGUGACUGCAGAGGUUAGAACUGUGAAAAGCUGGGCUAAAUAUUCUUUCUGUAAAGUCAAGUAGGAAUCCAUCCCUGGGAAAUAACGCAAAAUUUCACUCUCUAAAAGCAAUGGCAUGUAAACUAGAAUGAAAGAAGGAAAUUAUGUAUGUAUGCCUAAUAUUCUUUGUGAAUGUCUUUCAUUUAACGGAAAUUAUAUUAGAAACCAGAUUGAUAAAUAAAAAAUCCAAAAUAGUUUUAAUUAUCCUAAAA